UUAUUUAAUUUUUAAUUUUCAUAGUAUUUCCUAGUAAAUUUGGUAUAGUUUUAACUGGGGAGGGAAUCAAGAAGGUCACAUGGGUGUUAAACAGAGAGACUUGUUCUUGUUACAGUAGGUAUAUUAAAAUUCAGGGAAACUGUAGGGAAAUCAGGUGCACUGCAUAGAUCUGAUUUUAACCAGCACGCUGAUACCACAUUACCAACAUCCAAUUGACCCUUUCCUGUCCUCACAAUUACAACCUCCCAUAUUUUUCCUCCUUGUUUCUGACAGUCGAGUUGGGUGUGCUUGCUUUGCCUUCCUUUUUCAGUUUUUUUUUUUUUUUUUCAUGUUCCUUGUUUCUUGAAUCAUUUCUGGUAUAAAAAUCCCAAAUCCUAAGUAGAAAGACGGGAACUUUCAAGUCUAUCUGUCUUUCUUGCACCGAAUUUGUUAUGCCUUAAAAGGAGUAAUUUUUUUCUUUGUGUUUGGUUAACUUUAGGAAGAGGGGUCUGCGUUCACAUUUGAGUUUAAGGUACUGUAAUCUCCACUUGGGUAUCCUCAAAUUUUGAUUAAAAUAGAGCCAAACGGUACCCAAAUAAGCUAUCUUUCUUUCUGGAAAUUUUUUCCUGUUGAUUGGUUUUCAGGUUCCUUACUAUAUAUAGAAAGAUGGUGAAUGGAAAUAGGAUGUUAUACCCAAUUCUUGGAUUUGCAUCAUGUGUGGCUUUUAUUUAUAUGUCUUUGGGUGACUUAAAGCUUAGUAGUUUCCCUAGGGAACCAAGGUUAAGUUUUGUGGAAAGGAAUGGGACUCAGUUCUUUUUGGAUGGUAAACCAUUGUACGUUAAUGGAUGGAAUUCUUACUGGUUAAUGGCUCAUUCUGUGGAUGAAAAUAGUAGACCUAGGGUUAGUGCAAUGCUGCAGGCUGGUGCAAAGAUGGGUCUCACAGUGUGUAGAACUUGGGCCUUUAAUGAUGGGGGUUAUGAUGCUCUCCAGAUUUCCCCUGGGCAAUUUGAUGAGCGAGUUUUCAAGGCCUUGGAUUAUGUUAUUGCAGAAGCAAGGCAACAUGGAAUUAGGCUACUUCUUAGCUUAGUAAAUAAUUUGCAAGCAUAUGGUGGGAAGACACAGUACGUCAAGUGGGCAUGGCAAGAAGGUGUUGGUUUGAGCUCUUCUAAUGAUUCCUUCUUCUUUGAUCCAUCAAUCCGCAAAUAUUUCAAGAAUUAUGUCCUGGAUUGGUUAGAAGAGAUGACAGCUUUCAUAAAAUCAAUUGACAAAAAUCAUCUAUUGACCGUUGGCUUGGAAGGAUUCUACGGUCCUAAAAGCCCUAAGAAGUCAACUGUGAAUCCAGAAGUUUGGGCGUCAACCCUUGGAUCUGAUUUUAUCCGCAACUCCAACAUUUCAAAUGUUGAUUUUACCUCUGUUCAUAUAUACCCCGACCAUUGGUUUCAUGUUCUAGGAUUUGAAGAAAAACAAAAUUAUGUUUACAAGUGGGUGCGGUCACACAUUGAAGAUUGUGACAAGGAACUGAAGAAACCUGUUAUGUUCACUGAAUACGGCUUGUCAAACCAGAACAAAGACUUCCAGGCAUCCCAGCGAGAGCAGUUUUACAGAAGUAUUUUGGACAUCAUCUACAAAUCUGCAAGGAAGAAAGGGUCAGGUGCAGGAGCUUUAAUCUGGCAAUUCUUUGUUGAAGGAAUGGAAGAUUAUAAUGAUGAUUUUGGGCUUGUACCAUGGGAAAGCCCAUCAAUUUACAAACUAACAGUAGAACAGUCAUGCAGAUUGGCUAGAAUCCAAGGACUUAUUCAAGAAAACGAAAACUUGAAAGUGAUGUGUUCCAAGACAGAGUAAAACUAGUGCAAUCACAAAAUUCAAUUCUUUGUGGUGAGGUCGUUUAUGUGAGAUUAAAAAAUUCACUGGAAUUGCACCAUUUUUGUAAAAAUUUGAACUUCAAAAAUAUUAAAAGUGAUAAA